GCCCGCACCCACGCGUAAGCCGCGGCCCAUGCCAAGGCUGACGGAGGAGCAGCUGAGGGCGCUGCCCCCGUGCCCCGACAUUCCUCCUGACCUGAAAGGUCAUCUUAGCAUCGACCUGGAGGAGAUGGAACAGCUAGAUCUUGAAGAGGUUCUGUCGAAGCUGGACUGGGUUCUACCGGGCGGCCGCUGGAGUCCGGUUCACGAGGCCAAGAACCCUUGUCUUCCGCGACACAAGGUGGUGGUGGUUCUGCCGUACCGCGACCGCCUGCACCACCUGGUUAUUUUGCUCAGCUGGCUACACCCGAUCCUGCGUCGUCAGCAGCUGGAGUACACCAUCUACGUAGCUGAGCAGGCCGGCAACGCCACCUUCAACAAGGGCGCCAUCAUGAACGCCGGUUUCAUGGAGGCGUGGCAGCGCGGCGACGCCAACUGCUUCGUCUUCCACGACGUCGACCUCCUGCCCGAGGACGACCGGAACAUGUACUCGUGUCCGCCGCAGCCACGCCACCUCUCCGUCGGCGUCGACACCCUGGGAUACAAGUUGCCUUAUUUCCUGCUGGUGGGCGGCGUCCUUAGCGUCCGAGGCGACCACUUCCUUCGACUCAACGGCUACUCUAACAUGUACUGGGGCUGGGGGGGCGAGGACGACGACAUGGGGUACAGGAUCAAACAGUCGGGCCUGAGCAUCACGCGGCCGCCCACCACGCUGGCUCGGUACACGAUGAUCCGUCACUUAAAACGGCGGCCUCUCACGUGGAAGGUCCGCGGGAAGCUCGUGAGGACGUCGGGAAGGCGCUACCGACUAGACGGACUCAACACCCUCAAGUACAGCCUCCUGGCCAUCCACCGCCACCCGCUCUUCACGCACCUCCUCCUCGACGUUGGCACUCCGCCGGAGAACCUCGUGCGCCUCGACGCUCACUGAGGAGCUCCUUCUCGAGGCCGUUCCCUCGAGGAGAAGCUCAUGCGCCUCGAAGACCACGGAAGAACUGUUCUCCCUCCUUCAGGUUGUUCUUCGAGGCAAGGAUCCGGUGAUACAUGCUUGAAAAGAGACGUGAAAAUGGACAUCAUGAGCCUGCCAUUCUUCUCACUUAGACAAUGAAAGUAAUGAUUGAUAAUAACAAUGAUAAAGAAUAUGACAAGUUAAAUAAACAGAUAGUUAGAUUCAUGUCUUCCGUUAUGAAGAUCGAGAACAACAGCAACAAAGAUAAAACAAAACAUGAAAAAAAUACUAAAAGACCUAACAGGAGCAUAUAAAGUGUGUCCAGGUUCAGAAAAAAAACACAACUGGCAACUCACCUUCAAUUCUAAAUUACUCCAAUUUGCCAAAUCUCUUGUUUUUCUAAUCAGCUAAUACUUAUGUUUAUAGAUUAUAAUUAUUAUCAUCAUCACCAAUAUCAUUAUUAUCAUUCUACAGUAUUUAUAUUAUUUCACAAUUUAUUAUUCCUUACUUCGAAAGAAACUUAGCGAAUCGGAGUCAUGCGGAGCCCGGGUUGAGUUGCCGGUUUUUCCUUUUUUCCCGAGAUUGGCCGAGACGAGGGCAGGAGGAGGCGGCUCGAACUCGGUCCUCCGUCUCUUCCUCUUCCUCCGUUUCUUCGUCCUCCUUGUGAUGACUGGGUGUGAUAACUUGUCUCUCGCCCUCUUGCAUAAUUCCUCUUUCUCUCCAAUUAAAAUAAAAAUGGGGGAAAAAAAAUACGACGACGAAAAUUAAUAAUGUGAUACAUUAGGAUGGUAGUUUAGUCAUAUGGGAA